UUGAGUAGUUGUUGCCAGUUCAGAUAUCUCACCUAUUGGCAAUGGGCACCCCCGAGGAGAACCACGCUGGUGGAGUGGAAUGUACUUGGCGCGCGAUCUAAGCGUGCUUGUGCCGAGGGUAAACUCGAUGUGGCCCUCAAGCUUUACGGACUUAUUCAUCCUAAAUUCAAAAACAGUAACUUCGAAAUGUUGCUUGCUGAUGCCUUGGGGAAUCGGCUCAAUGAUGGCAGUCACAAAACUGAGGAAAUUUUCGGACUGGCGGAGGCAAUGCAGAAUUCCGGCUUGCUCAAAGAUCAUGUUCUGUUUCUUCUCGAAAAGUCGGCCAACACCACCCGUGCGUAUGAAGUGCUUUCCAUUGUACAGAGCCGUGGACUACUGGAAAAGUGCCUGCAAGAGAGGCCAGCUUUGAGGAAAACUCUUGCGCGGAAACUGAGUGAAAAGCUCACGAAUUCAAAACUAGCGAAAGAACAACGCAUCAGAAUUCUUGCUGAUCUCGCAAUUGUACUAUUCUCGUAUGACAGCGAGCGGACGCUACAAGAUGUAAUGGGAAUGUAUCCACUAAUUUAUGUCCUGGGUGGAAAAGAUGUUGACCUUGCCAUUCCCGCUCUCGAAAGCCUUCAGUCCGCUCAUGUUCGUAAGGAAUACGCAACAGCUCUGGUGCAGCAGUUAUUGAGGAAAGGAGAUCCAUUGGCCGAGGAGAAGCUUGAAAAAUUGUUGAAUAGCGGAGCUAUCCAACUGCUAGGUGUUGGCCGUGUUCAGAAACAGAUAUCUGGUCUCGUGAUGAAUCGCGAAAAGAAAGAAGGAGCUGCUGAUGAACGUCAACUGGCUCUGGCUGCGCGUCUUCUUGCUCUCAAUUUUCCUCCAGAGAACGCUAAAGUGAAGUCGUCGAUAGCAACGAAAUACGUUAUUGCACAACUUCAAUCCGAGCUCCUCUCAGUCAGUCGAGCCCGCUCACUUGUGGAAUACCUUGAAAAAGAGAAACGAGUACGGUUUUCCCCGGAGGAAAUCACGGAAGGCAAGAAGUCACUCAUCGAAAAAGGACAAAAAGAAAAGGCAGAACUGUUAGAAAGGCUUAGAAAGAAGAGUCAGGUGAGUUCUUCGUAUCCUCAUUUUCUCCAUUUGCAUUCAUUUGUUUGGAAAUGA